GGCUCGGUGUGAGGCGAUGCUGGGAAAUGGGGCGAUCGAGGCGCCGGGAAGGAGGGGAAAUGUCGGAGAUGUGAAAAGGGUACGGAGCAAGUCUGGAAGAGCGAGUGGAGGAAGAUAAGCGAGCCACCGGAGGAGGCAUUGCUCAGGUCAAAUGUAGCACCGGGUUCGCAUCGAGUCUUCCCCGCUGUCCCGCCUCUCUUGGCAGCGGUCUUUCUUCGGGACGACAGGUAGAAGUUCAACAUAUGCAGCCCUUCCUAAGAUGGAGAUUGAAUUCUGUUGACGGCAGGAAAUGAACAGGUCGAAUCCGUUGCUCUGCGCCAAUGCGGUAACACUGAGUUAAUGCUUGCAUGUAGUUCUUAAGCAGUGCAAGAUGAACACCAGCAUCCAGAAACUAGCAGAGAUCUCUUGGACCUGCUAAGCCAUCGACAGUAACCAUGGUGGUGGAAGUGCGCGGCUUCUUUGGCGUUUAUCUUCUCUACUGCACCAACCCACGCUAUCAGGGCCGGGUCUAUGUUGGCUUCACUGUCAAUCCUGAACGACGCAUAGACCAACACAACGCCGGGAAGCGCCAUGGUGGGGCUUGGAAGACAAGUGGCCGUGGGCCUUGGGAAAUGGUGCUGAUUGUCCAUGGCUUUCCUUCUGACGUGGCUGCCCUGAGGUUUGAGUGGGCCUGGCAGCACCCACACUCCUCCCGCCGUCUCACCCACGUUACUCGCCGCACCUCCCGGGAGCGGCAGUUUGACUUCCACCUGCGGGUCUUAGCCCACAUGCUCCGAGCUGCCCCUUGGUGCCGCCUGCCCCUCACCAUCCGCUGGCUCAAGCAGGAAUAUUGCAGAGACUUCCCUGCAGGCCUGGAGCCUCCUCUGCACAUGCCGGUGGCCUUUGGGCAGGUCCGAGCUGUUAAGGAGGCCAAAGGGGUGAAGCCAGCACUGUCAGAGAAACAGGUGGCAACAUCACAACACUGCUGCAUCUGUCUGAAAACAUUCCAGGAUGGGGAUGAUGACACCCCCUUGCACUGCUUCCACCCUGGCUGUGCCAUGGCUGCUCAUAUCAUCUGCCUGUCCCAAGUGUUCUUGGAGAAGGAGCCACAUCAGUUACUGCCUAUAGAAGGGCAAUGCCCAGGCUGCAAGAAUAUCGUGCUUUGGGGAGAUCUGAUCCGCCACCAUAAAGGCUGCUAUGGCAACCUGGAGCCUGUUCUUACCUCCUCCCAGGAACAUUGGGCUAAUGAAUUGCAACAGUGAAAGAGGAGCUUGUACUGCAAACAUGUGAUCAAGAUUGACCUUUCCCUUCUGAGAAGGUGGAAGAGACUGCAGGAAUCCCAGCACAGAGUGUGGCCCGGCUCCUCUUUUGGCCAGAGGGUCGAGUCCCUUCAGUCAAGGGUCCCUCCUUGAUCUUUUCCAAGCUGGAACUGGUAUUUUUAAAUUCCCAGCUUCUGUAUUUAAGUAACGAAUGAAUGAAUGGAUUUUCUAAGUGGAAUGAUUAAAUCAGAGGAUCACGAAUCAGGCAGGAUGUCUAAGAAAUGAGAAGGGGUACAAGAUGGGACUCCAGGAUUCUGUGAAGGAGCAGAGAAUCAAGAUCACCUAAAUUAGAUGAAGCCCCUUUCUUUCCUCUAGCCAAGAUACCUGAAUUUCCUUACUCAGGAAAUGGACGUUCUCGUGCUUCAGGACAACUGUUGUGAUUAGUUAUAGCCUGGUCAACUGGAGACAGAAGAUCUGAGGAAUGGCUCCAUGGAAUCUAAGAGGGUAGGCAAGGCCAUCUGUUUUGAAAUGCAACUCCCAUACCAUUGGCCGUGCUAACUGGGGCUUAUGGGAGUUUUAGUUCAGAAUACGGGGGAUCUAUGUUGCUUAUAUGGAACACAGAAAAGGCAUGAUCCCUGACCCCACCAUACAGAAGGACAACAAACUGCUCUUAGAAAUGAGUCUGAUUUUUUUAAAAGAGCAUGCUAAGAAAAGUUGAAUUUCUCCCCUUAGAUAAACUAUGCACUUUAAGAAAAAAUGUACACUUUUAGAAUAGGCUGGAAAAGCAAAGGGUUACCCUGCUUAGGGAACAACAGUGACUGUUGAUAGUUUUUAUUGGGACAAAUGACCUCAUAAAUGUUUGCUAAUUUAUAUAUUCUCCCAUCAAAGCUGCUUAGAGGCAGCUUUUGGACAUUUUGGAAAAGAUGGCAAUAAAUUAUUACAAACAGG